UCGGCAGUGAGCCGUGGUGGAUGUGGGUAUGCGGUUGCCGGAGGCUGUGGGCAUUGCUGGACACUCGGCGGAGAUGUACGCACGGGACCAGGGGCCCACAGCGGCUGGCUGUUGUCCAAGUUAGUGGGCUGUCUUGGUAGAUGUAGGUGGGAGCCCCAGACGGCAAAUAGUCGUUAGGAACAGAGCAGCAGCGUGAUUAUUCUCCGAUUCUGCUGGGGAUUUUCUGCCUUUGAAUGGGUAACGGAAUGAGAGAGAAGCCAAGGAUUCCCCAGCAGCACCAUGGAGCCACGCAUUGCAGACAGCUGUGAAAGGUGACAAUGAAAUGAAAUGCAAAGCAUCUGACCUUCCACUAUAAACCUUUUCCUGGUGCAGCUACAAACAGACGUGAUAAUACAUCCCAGCAUCAAGUUGUGGAGUUUGUGAAGCCAAGAACAGCAUCAUGUUCUACGGUUCUUCCUCUGGGGCCAGUAUGUCCCUACCGUCCAAGAACCGCCUGAAACGCCAGAGCAGGACCUUUACGCAGGUUUUGUACCGUACUUUGAGCUACAGAGACCGCGUCCCUGCAGAAACUGGAACAAACACCCACGGGGGCCGGCGUUCCACAACUGAACCCCCAGAGCGGCCGGCGGAUGACCCAGCUGAACUCUCCACGCAGAGCUCAGCCCCUGGAGUGCUGAAGAUUUUUGGAGAUGAAAUCUGUGCUGGUGCCAACUACAAGAGUGUCCUGGCCACGCCACGCUCCAGUGCUCAGGAACUUGUGAAAGAGGCACUCGAGCGUUACUCACUGAACAAGGAUGCGGCCCACUCUUACGUCCUGUGUGAUGUGAUCGGACGUUUGGAGGGGGGAGGGGGGAUCGGAGGAGGGGGAUGGCGGACUGAGUGUUUGCGAGCAUUGGGGGACAAUGAGAAACCGCUGUUACUCCAAGAGCUGUGGAAACCUAGAGAAGGACAUGCUCGCAGGUUUGAGCUACGCAGGCGAGCAGAGGUUGAAGAGCUCAACGCCAAGGAGAAGGAUACCAUCACUGCUGGGCCCAGAACCCCCCAAUUCCUGGCGGCUUUAAUGGGUCGGUCUGGGCUGGGCAAACACAGGAGCUCCCCCCUGAGGUCUGGUCGAGCGGUACAGUCCAGCUCUAAAGAUAUUAAUGCCCAGGCUCGUAAGCUCCAGAGGAACAGGGCAAAGGGGACGUUGACACUGCCCCGCUCCAGCAACUCAUCCUUCUGCCGCAGCCUCAGCGAAACCAGCCUCAACCAGCUUGGAGUGGGAGAAGAGCCCAAGCGUUAUUACUCCACCCUGCCAGGACCUUUAAGGGCCCGAGAACGUGAUGAAACCUCCAGUGGUCGGAGGAAAGCGGAGGGGAGUCAGGGAGGAGUAAGACACUCUUUGUACCAGUCCCCCCAUCUCCUGCUGCUACAGGGGUACAAUCGGCAGGACUGCCUGGUUUACCUGCUGAACAGAGAGCAGCACACUGUUGGUCAGGAGACUCCAUCAGCCCGUCCCAACAUCUGCCUCUUUUCUCCAGACAUCCUGCCUCUCCACUGCCAUUUGCGGCGAAUCCCUGCACCACGUCGCCACGCCAACAACAGCAACAAGGGGGACGACUCUGUAGAGAGUCAGCGAUUCUGUGUUAAUGUUGACCCUGUUCUCAAUGCCACAGUUUUGGUGAACUUUUCCCGCUGCGAGCGCUCCACCACACUGCGACAUGGUGACCUUCUCUCCUUUGGAGCUCAUUACAUCUUUCUGUACAAGGAUCCCACGGGGGCCAAGCCCCUGCCCGCUCAAACCUUGGCACGCCUACGCUCGCUGGGACAACUUUACGACACAGGGGUGGAGGAUGGGGAGGGCGGGGCUCAGACUUGUAAAAUGUGUGGCUCUGUGCUGAAGGACAGAGCAGGACAGGUGUCCUGUGUCCCAGCAGUUAGACGUAGCUUCAAACCUCACCUGGUGAAACCUAGAAGUGUAGGGACAACAACAGGAGGGCCUCCUCCCAUAUCGAGUGGUGAAGGAGGAGGAAGGGGAGGAGGAAGCCAGAAAAGGAGGCUACAGCUGGAGUUUGACCAGGCUCAUGAAGACCAGCUGUUGAACCGAAUUGUGUCUCUCAUAGAACCUGGAGGAGAUGACCAUAAGCUGACACCAGCCUACCUGCUGUGUCUGUGCAUACAACACUCUGCCUCAACAUUCCCUCCUGGGAGUUUUGGAAAACUGCUGCUCAAGAUUGUCCGACGAAUCCAAACCAUUGCGUGGGAGAAGACAAAGGAGCUGGCUCAGAAGCAAGCUCAACAUCAGGACCCUGCAUCCUUGUCUCUUCUUAGCAUCUCAGACUUGAUCCCAGACUUGCAGACCAUCUUCUUCUGGAUGUCCAACUCCAUUGAGAUCCUUUACUUUAUUCAGCAAAGAGCACCAACCUACACACACAGCAUAGAGACACUGCAAGGGUCAAAGGAGUCGUUGCUAUCGGCGACCAUAUCAGCCAAUGAGGAGGCUAUGACUAUCUUGGAAGAAGUGAUCAUGUACACUUUCCAGCAAUGCGUCUACUAUAUCACCAAGGCUCUUUAUGUGGUGUUACCAGGUUUGUUAGACUGUAAUCCAUUCCCAGUCGACAGCUCAGAGCCCUGCUGGAAAGGAGUCGGGUUUCCGGAACCCGUGCGCAGGGUUCUGCAGGUGUUUCAGAGUGCACAGGAGCUUUUGCAAGGCUACCAGGUUCACCCAGAGAUCCAGGCUCAGAUGUUUGCUUACCUCUUCUUCUUCUCCAAUGUGUCACUGUUUAACCAGUUAAUGGACAAAGGUCCCUCUCGAGGAUGGUUUCAACGUUCCAAGGCGCUGCAGGUUCAGGCAUGUUUGCGGAUGGUCAUGGAGUGGGCAAGCAGGUCCAGUCUGGGACAUCUGGCUGAAAAAUUCUUUACCAAACUCAGCAGUACUGUUUCCAUAGUGGCCACACCCCCACAACAGCUCACACAGUUAAAUUGGCGAGCGUUGUCCACUGAACACCCGACUCUGAAACCAGUUCAGCUCCACAGGAUUCUUACUCAGUACCAGCUCACAGCAGAGAUAGGCCCUGUCCCUACAUGGCAACCCAGCAGUGAGGACGAGGCGUAUAUAUACAGAACAGUUGACCUCCUGGAGAGCUUUGAGAACCACCCUCCCAUAGUGUUGCCCAGCUCCGGCUUCAGAGUGGACCUGGACAGCGAGUGUGUGGAGGACAGCAUCUACAGACAGCUGCUCUACAUCCGCCACUACCUGUGGGGGCUACGCACCAAGACACAAGCUCACAGCAACACUCCCAGUGUGCACACACAGUCUAAUGGAACCAACACAGCGGACUGGCCGGACCCUCAGAGGGAGUUAUUACCUCCAGCCCACAGUAGUCCCCGUUCUGGGGCUGCUGGGGACGAGGUGACGACAGAGGAAAGAGGACGGGACAGACCUUUAGGCCAAUCCCACACACAGAGCCUCAGAAGAAAUGGCACCAUUCACCAUUCACGAACAGUAAAUCCAGAUCCAUCCUGCCUCCUGACCCCACCCAACACCCCACUGUAUCCAGAGGGUGGAGGAGGAGGGCUAGUCAUUGGAACUGGCGUACAGACUAACGGCUGCUCCAGCAGAACUGUACCAGAAUGUAAAAAGCCCAAUGGACUCAUCACCAGUGGACUUGAGGGGUGUAUUAGUGGCUGUGAGUUUCCUUUCCCUGUCUCCUCCCCUGGCGCCCCUUCCCUUCCUGAUGACUUAUGUGUGGUGUUUGUAGUGGAACUGGACAAGGGACCCUUUGGACUGGGCAUGGGACUCAUAGAUGGCCUGCACACUCCUCUUAAUGCUCCUGGCAUUUACAUCCGGACUCUGAUCCCUGACGGGCCAGCCGCAUCAGAUGGCAGACUGAGGAUUGGAGACCGGAUCCUGGCUGUAAAUGGGACCAGUCUGAUCGGAGCAGACUAUCAGAGCGCGGUGGAUCUGAUUCGUCUAGGAGGAGGCCGACUGCGUUUUCUGGUAGCCAAAUCCGAUCCUGAGGUCUCGGAGAAGAUCAGCGCCUCCUCCUGCUGACCACCUCCGCUGCCCAGUUAAGACAUGCACAAAACACCACACUGAACUGCGGAGGGAAGAUGACGAGGAAUAAAGAUAUGUGCACUAAUAAACAGGGUACACACAAGCACAUGUAUGUGCCUACACCACAUGGAACAUGAAUGUGAAACUCAGCUGAGCACAAAGACAAGCACUCGAACUCGAGGGAAGGCUUCAUGACCCGUAUCCCUUGUGCUGACUGCAACUGACUUUGUGUAACAGACAAGAAGUGAAACCAGCUGCGAUGUCAAAGGAAUCUACAGUAAAGGUCCCUCACUGAUUAGCAUUUGAGAGCUAAUCAGCUUGUAUGCAGUCCGAUGUCGCCUAAAGCACAGUAGACUCCU